AUGUUUGAGCGUUCCGCCGUGGUGACGGCCCAGUCUAUCAUGGAGCUCUGUGAGCUUGCCGAAACUGUUCAAGGAGACCCGUAUAUAAUGUGUGUUCAGAAUCUUCAACUCCCUUUAGCGCUGUUAUCGAUAUACGCAAUGUGGCAGAUCACGCGCUCAGUUCGCUACAAAAAAGUGGUUGGAAUUGCGUCGCCGGCUCUGAGAGUGAGUUGAUUUAUUGUUGGGUUUUGAAUUUUUACUUCUCUGAUCUGCAUUUUGCGUGUUGUUUUUUGAAUUUUCAAAUUCCCGCCAAAUUUUAAAAUAAUUGAAAAUUCUUGGCAUUCUGUUGCAACUUGAUUAAAAAUUACGAAUUUUAGUGUAACAUUUUUUUGCAAAUGUAAAUAAGGUUGUGAGUUAAAAUAUUUUAAUUUUAUUCGAAUUUUCAAAUUUCCCGCCAAAUUUUUAAAUAAUCGAAAUUUCUUGGCAUUCUGUUGCAACUUCAUUAAAAAUCACGAAUUUUAGUGUAAUAAGAAAUUUUUACAAAUAUCAGUAGGGUUUUGAGUUGAAACAUUUUCGUUUUUUUUUUGAAUUUUUAAAUUUCCCGCCAAAUUUUAAAAUAAUUGAAAAUUCUUGGCAUUCUGUUGCAACAUCAUCAAAAAGCGUUAAUUUUACUGUCGUAAACAAUUUUCAACCGUCAAGAUGGUUAUUGGUUGAACUAUUUGCAAAAUUUUUUUUUUGAAUUUUCAAAUUCCCGCCAAAAAAAUAUUUUGUUGGCAUUCUGUUUCAAGCCGGCGAAAGUGAUUCUGUAGCCAAGUAAAAUGAUUAAUGUGUCUCUUAGAGUCACUCGUAGCCUUUUUCUUGCCAAAUACACAACAAAUUGCGCCACUUUUUUCCAAUUUUCUAAUUUUCAGACUCUCUUCCUAAUAAUUCGCAUCUCCUUUUACCUGCGCGCAAUCUUUGCCUUCUCCUUAUACGUCUACACAAUGCUUCGUGUAAAUUUCUACGAGAGGCCUUGCCACGUCGCAUGGACCGUGGGGGAAUGCAUUACAGUUCGAAUACCGAAUUAUUUCGCGUUGUUUACUGUUUGCUUGACUCAUGUGGCGUUAAUGGUGGACCGAUUGGGCGUCACUUUUUAUCGACGACAUUACGAGGGAGGCUGGACGGCUGCUUUUUUCUAUUCUACGGCAAUUGUAAGUUCUGUUACCGAGUUUGGACAUUUUAUACGAUGGAACAUGUUUCUGCUUUUUUGUCGUAUAAAAUGUCGCUUAAGGAUUAGAUUCGGAUUGAAAAAUGCUUUGAAUUUUUUCCUGAUAAUUUUGGUGACAUUUUAUACGAUAAAACCUGGUUUUUAGCCGUUUUCAAAAAUCAAAUUUUUUCGUAUAAGAUGUCACCCACACUCAAAAAAUCAAGUACGAUUGUAUCAGAAAUUCCUCUCAAGUCGUUCUGUGCUGACAUGCGACGAUCACUGUUUCAGACCCCUUUCUCCAAAAAUAAUUUUUCAUCGUAUAACAUGUCACUUGGAUAUCUUUGUUUCUUCGCGAUGUUUUAAAUCUCGAUGGUUUCCUUUCAGGUGUCACUUUCAGCAGUCUCUUGCUACCACAUUUAUGGUCAGGAGGACUUUCGGCAACUUAUUUUUGCAUGUAUCACCAGUUCUUCGGCGGCGCAAUACAAAUUGGUGCAAGUAAUGAUAACCCUGCUUGUUUUGGACUUGAUUACUGCGUUUGGAGAUACCGUGGCUUUUUACGAAAACCGUAAACGCUUUUUUAAGUAAGUUUAGUGAGUUUGCGGAAUUGGACAUUUUAUACGAUAAACCGUGUUUUAGGUAUUUUUUGUCGUAUAAAUCAUCGCCAUUUCCCAAGUAAAAUAUUAUUUCAUAAAAGCAAAGAGUGCAUUCAGCAUUUUUUUACAUUUUGUUGCUAAUAUUUUAUACGAUCAAACAUGUUUAUAACGUGCUCUGUCGAAGACACAUUUCAUCGUAUAAGAUGUCACAAAAAAUAUGGUUUUGUAAACCCAAGAGGGCAUUCAGUAUACUUGGAUAUUUUUUGGUAAUAUUUUAUACGAUCAAACAUGUCUAUGACGUGUUCUGACUAAGACAUAUUUCAUCGUAUAAAAUGUCGCCGUAAUUUUUCUGGUUAGAAAUGUUUUUUUAUCGAGAAUAUUACCAAUCGACUUCCUUGAUCAGUCGUAAAAUUCAAGUUUCACUUUUCUCAAAAAAAGGUUUCAUCGUAUAAAAUGUCUCUGACCUCCAAAUUCUUCCAGCAAAAUCAACUAUUACGAGUUCUACAGUCUGGACAAGUCGAUGGACCUGCGCGAAAACCGGAUGUCGAUCCGUGUCGUGCUUCCCAUGUCCAUUAUCCAUCUCUCCUUAACGCUGCCGUUGGUGGCCUCCUUUCCAAUCGGACGUCAAUUGGAAUGGCACCAGCCGACAUCAAUCCUGCUCUACGUGGAGUCGAUCAGCCUGAUCCAGUCGCUCUAUUUCUUAAUGUCACCUAUUAUUUUGAGUCUAUGUUAUGUUUGUAAUGAAGAGGGCGCGAGGGAUGAAUGGCUGGGGACGAAUCAGCAAAGUCAUGCUGACGAGCACUUUCGACAACUCCAAUCCCAGCUGAAGUUGCAAGGAUAA